UCGCGAAGCGUCAACCGGAUCAAAAUGGAUAAAGGGAUACAGGAAUUCUUUAAGAACAAGACCGUUUUCCUAACGGGUGGCACUGGGUUUUUGGGAAAAGUUAUCAUUGAGAAGCUUCUGAGGACGACGGAGGUGAAUCGCAUAUACUCGCUGAUCAGACCCAAGCGUGGUGUGCCCAUCCAAGAACGCAUCUCCACCUGGGAAAAGGACUCGGUGUUCGAGGUGCUUCUGAAGGCCAAGCCAGACGCCCUGCAGCGGGUGUGGCCCAUCGCGGGCGACUGCCUGGAUGCGGAUCUGGGCAUAGGUGAGUCGGAUCGCAGGCUUCUGGCCGCCGAGGUGCAGGUGGUCAUCCAUGGAGCUGCCACGGUGCGAUUCGACGAGGCCUUGCACCUGGCCCUGGCCAUCAACGCGCGCUCCACCCGGCUGAUGCUUCAGCUGGCCAAGCAGAUGACCCGCCUGGAGUCCUAUGUCCACGUGUCCACUGCCUACUCCAACUGCGUGGUGGCAGACAUCGCAGAGCGGUUCUAUCCGGAACUCCUGACCUGCAGUUCGGAUAAGAUCCUGGCCCUGGGCGAGCUGGUGGGCGGGGAGGUGCUGGACAAAAUGACGCCUGCCCUGCUGGGGUCCUUUCCCAAUACCUACACCUACACCAAGGCCCUGGCCGAGGACGUGAUCCUGAGGGAGGCGGGCGACCUGCCCUUGUGCAUCUUCCGACCGGCAAUCAUAAUGUCCACCUACAAGGAGCCUUUCGACGGGUGGGUGGACAACAUGUUCGGACCGCUGGCCCUCUGCUUCGGCAUAGCUCGGGGCAUAGUGAGGGUCAUCACUGUGGACACCGACUCCACGAUUAGUAUGGUCCCAGUCGACUUCUGCGUGAACGUUGCCUUGGCCUCUGCCUGGAAAACGGCGGAGACAUCCGGCCAAAGGGAGAAGGCCAAGAAGCCCCCCAUUUACACGUUUGCGCCAAGCGAGAAUAACUUGCUGAGCUACGGCUCCUUUAUCAAGAGAUCGAUUUCGUAUCGCGACCGCAUUCCGCUGACCAAGAUGCUGUGGUACCCGUUUGUCCUGUGCAUCUCCAGCCCAUUCCUAUUUCCGCUGGCUGCCUUUUUCCUUCACACCAUACCGGGCUACUUCAUCGACCUGUUGCUGCGCCUCAUGGGCCGCAAGCCCAUCCUCGCGGAUCUCUACCGGAAGAUUCACAAGAACAUUGCUGUCCUCGGGCCAUUCUCCACCUCCACUUGGCACUUCGACACGGUCAACACGAAGGGACUGCGGAACUCGAUGUCGAAGCAGGACCUCAACUUGUAUGACUUUGACAUGGCUCGACUGGAUUGGGACGACUAUUUUAAGUCCAUCAUGUAUGGAAUGCGGCAAUACAUUGCAAAGGAGCCGCCCACCCCAGAGUCUAUUGCCAAGGGCACAAAGCUGGCGAUACGCCUAAAGAUCCUUCACUAUGCAAUCAAGUCCUCGUUGAUCUCUGCAGCUGGUUUCGCUCUGUGGUCGCUGGCCAAGCUGGUAACUUAGUUUCCCAAACAAAUCUAUUGGAUCUUGCAAGUUAAUUUAAAUAUUUUCGCUUUGUUUCGUUAUAUAACAAUUCCGUUUUAGUCCUACAAGAGAAAUGAAAAUUACA